AUGCUUUCCCGACUUACGCUCAAUGCUGCCAAGCCAGCUCGCAAGCUCUUCGCCGUGGCCCCUGCCAGGAUGGCCUUCCAAGCGAGGUUCCUCUCCCAGAAGGCCAUUCCCACUGGCACCACGGGCAGGAAAAUGCCCGUUGACCCCCGUCGCGAAACAGCGGAGGCAGCCAAGGUGCCCGCCACUUUCACAAUCCAGGGAGGGCCUAUCUUUCAAGGCACAGCGUUUGGCGCUAACGCCAACGUGAGCGGAGAAGCCGUGUUCACGACCUCGCUUGUUGGCUACCCGGAGAGCAUGACUGAUCCUUCCUACCGAGGCCAGAUCCUGGUCUUCACCACUCCGCUCAUCGGCAACUACGGCGUCCCAUCGAACGAGCGAGAUCAGUACGGCCUACUGAAGUACUUCGAGUCCCCCCACAUCCAGUGCGCUGGAGUGGUCGUCUCCGACAUCGCCACCCGAUAUAGCCACUGGACAGCCGUAGAGAGCUUGAGCAAGUGGUGUGCUCGCGAGGGCGUCCCGAUCAUUUCUGGCGUUGAUACCCGGGCCGUCGUCACCUUCCUCCGUGAGCAGGGCUCCUCCCUUGCCAGGAUCUCCAUGGGAGAAAGCUACGACGAGGAUGAGGACGCUGGCUACACGGAUCCCGAACAGCAGCAUCUCGUCUCGCACGUUAGUACAAAGGCCCCGUUCCUGGUGGAAUCGAAGGGCGCAUCUCUACACAUUGCCCUUUUGGACUGUGGUGUCAAGGAGAACAUUCUACGAAGUCUCGUCUCCCGAGGCACCUCCGUGACCGUUUUGCCGCACGACUACCCGAUCCACAAAGUUGCCCAGCAUUUCGACGGCGUUUUCAUCUCCAACGGCCCAGGAGAUCCGUUGCAUCUGACGACCACUGUCCAAAACCUGCGGAACCUUAUGGAUACAUCCGAAAUCCCGAUCAUGGGCGUAUGCAUGGGACAUCAAGUCAUAGCGCUCGCUGCUGGCGCUCGCACUGUAAAACUGCCAUACGGCAACAGAGGCCAUAACAUACCGGCUUUAGAUCUUACAACAGGCGCUGCGAUCGUGACCUCACAAAAUCAUGGUUUCGCGGUCGAAGCUUCGAGUUUGCCGAGCGAUUUUAGGCCAUAUUUCGUCAACCUGAACGACGAUAGCAAUGAGGGACUGAUACACAAGCAUCGACCCAUCUUCUCUCUCCAGUUUCAUCCAGAAGCCAAGGGAGGACCUGAGGACUCUGUUUAUUUGUUUGACAAUUACAUCCGAGCCGUCCAGUCCUACAAGGACAGCCAAUCUGUUUACAAGGACAACCGGCCUUCGCAGCUCAUGCUUGAUAUCCUCAGCAAGCAGCGCGUGGGCGCCGAGCCCCUCAGGCAGGCAGUCGGCGCAUAG